AUGAGAGAGAUUAUUGCUAGUGCAAUCAUGGUGCAUGAGCGACCAUUUAGCAUCGUAGAGGAUGAAGUGUUCAUGUGGGCUUUUGAAUAUGCAAAUUCAAAUUUCAGAAAGGUCACUCGUAAAACAGCAAGAAGCGAUUGUUUGCAAUUGUAUGAAGCUGAAAAGAAUACUUUGAAAAAGAUUUUGAGUAAUGUGAGUAAGGUUAGCAUUACAACAGACAUGUGGAAGUCAAGUCACCAAGUAGUCGAGUACAUGGUUCUAACGGGUCAUUUUGUUGAUGCAAGUUGGAACCUUCAGAAGAGAGUUUUGAAUUUUGUCAAAGUGCCUCCUCCUCGACGGGGAACAGAUAUAGCAAAUGCUAUUUUCAAGUGUUUGAGAGGAUGGGGUAUUGAGAAUAAAAUAUUCUCAGUAACCGUUGACAAUGCAUCUUACAAUGACUCUUGUGUAAGAAGUUUGAAAGAAAAUAUGUCAUUGAGCAGUAAGAUGGUACUUGAUGGACAAUUAUUCCAUGUUAGAUGUUGUGCUCACAUUCUGAAUUUGUUGGUGCAAGAUGGUCUUAGCACUAUUAAAGAUAUCAUUCUCAAUGUUCGUGAAAGUGUCAAGUUUAUAAAUUCUUCAGAUGCAAGGUUAAAAUCAUUUCAUGAAGUUGUUGAAUUAAAAGGAUUGAAAGAGAGGAAACUUGUUCUUGAUUGUCCAACAAGAUGGAACUCUACAUACUUGAUGUUGUGUACUGCGACUAAAUUUAAACAUGCCUUUUCAGAUUACAAUGAAAAAGAACCACAUUAUAAAUACACACCAUCAUUUGAGGAUUGGGACAAGAUUGAGAAGGUUUGCCAACUUUUGGAGGUUUUUAAUGAUGCCACACAUGUCAUAUCAGGUAGUGAUUACCCUACUUCUAACUUGUAUCUUGCUGAAAUUCAAAGGGUGAAAAAGGCUAUUGAUAAUGCAGCUGAGUCUUUUGAUAUGUUCAUGAGUGAGAUGGCAAUUCCUAUGAAAGCAAAAUUUGAUAAAUAUUGGGGGGAAUGUAAUUUGCUAAUGUCUAUUGCAUGUGUUUUAGAUCCAAGGAUGAAGUUAAAUGGUAUUAAGAUAACUUUUCCCAGGUUGUAUAAAACACAAAGUGAUGUUGAAAAGAAUGUGGAAAGGGUGAAAAGGGCGUUAGAAGAAUUAUAUCUUGAUUAUGUGAACUUGUUUAGUCAAGAUGCUUCCUCUACUAGUGGACAUACUGAAUUCAAUGUUGAAAGCACCACUGUGGAUCAUGGUGUACAGCAAAUGGAUAAAGGAAUGCAAGAGAUAUUGACUAUGGUCCACCGAAGUCAAUCAAUUCCUCUUACAAAAUCAGAGUUGGAGACUUAUCUUGAGGAAAAUCUUGUUAUUCAUACUUGUUCUUCUUCAUCUUUUUGUGCCUUGGGGUGGUGGAAAAAUAAUAGUUUAAAGUUCAAAGUUUUGUCAAAGAUGGCUGCCGAUAUACUAGCUGUUCCUAUUUCAAGUGUGGCAUCUGAAUGCACAUUUAGUGCCGGGGGAAGGGUGAUUGAUGAAUAUCGUGCUAGCUUAAAUGAACAAUCUAUUGAAGCUCUUAUUUGUGGUGGGGAUUGGCUUCGUAACAAGUAUGGGCUGAAGAAAAAAGAAAAGAUGGAUUCUGGACAACAGGAGAUUAUGCUUAAGCCGUGA